AUGGACGUCUUCAUCGUGCUCCUAACUCUCCUCUGGCUCCGAAACCUUCCAACAGGCUCGGCAGCCCCAGCUUCAGCAAACACGACCGCUGAAUCAUUUCCCUUACAAAUCCACAGGCAUCCUCAACCCUCCAGCGACCUUCGACCUGAUGCCGUAGAGAUCGUCGACUACCCGAUCCCCGGCACGACCACCACCAUCCACUUCAUCCUCGGUCCCCCCCUCCCGCCGGCCGUCAUGUCCGUCACCAUCCUCUCGGCUUACGACCACAUCACUUCCACCAUCGCCUCCACAGGCGACUGCAUACUCCCGGCAUCCCAGGACCCGUUCGUGUACAACCAUGGCUACGGCGCUUUCAUCGCGGCCCGCUCGGCCCAAGGGCGGCAUCUGACCUGGAGCUUCCUGGAGGGCGCCGCGGCGGGGCUGUACAAUGGGCUCUACCUGAGGGGCAGGUAUAGAGCGAGCGAGUUCCGGAUUUGGGAUGGCGUGGCGGGGUUGGUCGGGGUUGGGGAGAUGGGUGCUGAUGCGGUGCACGCUGGUGGAGGGAGGAAUGGGACGGUCCGGUGGACGAGGAACGGGACGACGAAGGGAGUGGUUGAGGUUGUGAAAUGA